AUUUCGGGCACUAGUCGCCAGGUUUUUAUUUUUAUUCGAUUAAUUGUCAUUGCGAACUCAAUAGAAGACUCUUAUUUCAUUUCACAUGCUUUUUCGUUAAAUUUUACCGUUGAUAAUAAAAACUUACAUCAUAAUACCUAAGCGAAAAACAAAAAAGCCCAGGUAUGGUUAAUUGGAUGGACGCUCUUAUGAUAAAUACGGUGACGGAGGGAACUAUGAAUUUAUUACGGAGCGUUGGCGUCUUCAAAUCUAAAACAGACACGCCACCCACAACAAUCAUGUUGAAAGCACCUUUGUGGCAAUUGGCGCAAGAAGCCGGGCCGUUUGUGAGGCUGGCAGGGCUAAGCGGCGCUGCUGCUGUUAUACUGGGUGCCAUGGGGGCACACCGUUCGUUCCCGGAAACUGAAGGCAAAGAAGAUCUCAGAAAAAUUUUUGAAACAGCAAAUAGAUUUCAUUUUCUUCACACAUUGGCUCUAGUCACAGUGCCACUUUGCAGGAGACCAUAUAUAGCUGGGGCAUUCUUCAUUGCUGGAAUGGGAAUGUUUUGUGGCACAUGUUACUACCAUGCUUUCACUGGUGACCGCAAGCUCCGUCAAGUCACACCAUUAGGAGGAACAUGCCUUAUACUUGGCUGGGUUGCAAUGGUGCUGUAAGCCUGUAAUAUACUACUGUAGACUUUUAUGCAUGUAUUAUGUACAUAUUGUGUAGGGUUUUAAAUAUUUAAUGUUAUCAGGAAUUUUUAAGCAUUAGCUAUAGCAACCUACAAGUCUCUUCAGAUAUGGGACUGUGCUCUUUUAAGAAGUACAGUAGGGUAGCUCCAAAGAUGAGUGAUGCUAUCAAUAUGAAUUGUUACCAAUAUUCCUUUUUUUUGAAGUUCAUAGUGACAGUGUCUAAUGACAUGUCCUAAGACAGCUAUGGGUACUAAAUUGUAUAUGUAUUAAAAAUUGACCAAUGAUUUUAUUGGUUACAUUAGAAUCCAAUUUAAAAGUAGAGAGAAAUAUUAAUAUGUAGAAAAUAUUAUUCUAGUAAUGGUUUUAAAUAGAGUGAGCAAUAUCAUGUCUGUGUUGUAUUCGAUGGCAGAAAAUUAUACCUUUGACCAUUAUCAACAAUAUCAGUAUAAAAUAUCCUAUGUUUAAUAUUGAUUGGUAUAAAUCACAUUCUUCCAUAAUAGUUUUUAUAGAAUAAAAAAUGUGAUAAGAGGAAUAUAUUAGUAAAUAGAUGUAGCUUAUAGUGGGCUAAAAAUAUUGUUUAUGAAGCUAUAAGUGACAUGUCUGCAAAAAAUAUGAAUACAUAUUUUGUGUAGUAUUCAGAAUGUAAGCAUAGAGGUUAUGGUUAAUGGUUAUACAAUACCUGUUAUUAAGACAGAUAAUAAACAUAUAAUUUUGCUUUAAAAAA